UGUGAACUUGAUGAACUGCUUCCGCCUGAACGUGAGUUUUUCCAAAAGUAAGGACCAAGCUCAUUUUCUUCGGUCAACAUUUUCCGAUGAUGGCACUCACCCGUGGUCAUCGCCUAACAGGGUUCUGCUCAAACGUGUUGUACGCAAUGCCGCCUGCAGCUUCCUCUUCUUCCCGAGGAAGCAGGCACUUUUGCUUCACAGCGUCACAACUUCCUCGAGGAAAAGGUGGCCCGGUGGAGCAUACUUUUGCCUCGGGCGUCAUAGUAGACACGACGAAUUCUCCUGCCGCGCUAGAGAAGGACGGCAGCUCUGGAAGUACGCUGGCCAACCGCCCCGCGCAUCCGUCUUCCGAUUCUUGUGAGGAGCGACGGGACUACACCGACGUGGCCCAUUCGCGGUCAGCAACCACAAGAAUCGCCCCGCUCCAACCCCAACAUCUUCGUGGCACAACCGUAGUACCAGCAGCCGUCGACCCCCCACCGGUCCGCGUGCAGUGGAAGAUAUCCGCUUAUUGCCCUGAUUGCGGAAAAAAUACGGAGAAGGACCAGGUGUCUGUCAUGCGCAAGUUCUGUCCCACCAUGUGGCGAAAAUACAUGUUCGUGGACGAUCGGCACUGUCCCCUGUUUCUAGCAGCCAAAGUGAAGGACGAUUUGAUUGAAUCCACGGAAACGGGGUGGAAAGACAUGCCAAGGAUAAAGGGACGCAGCUAG